CAGUUGAUGGCUCUGCUGAUGAAGAAGCAAUGGACUUGGUCCAGAGAUCUGCUUCUUGUCCUUCUGGCUGGUCUGAGUACAACGGUAACUGCUACCACUAUGUUUCCAUGCCCAUGAAUUGGGCUUCAGCUGAGAGGCACUGCAUGUUUAUGGGGGGACACCUGGCAUCAGUUCAUAACCUAAGGGAGUACCAUCAGAUUCAGCAUGUGAUAAGAACAGCAAGUUAUAGGUCCGGACGUACAUGGAUUGGAGGCUAUAACGCACAGAAGACAAGCAUUUGGUUUUGGAGCGAUGGAAGCCAAUUCUACUACACAAACUGGUGUCGAGGAGAGCCUAACAAUUGGCGAGGCACCCAGCACUGUUUGGAGAUGAACCAUGAUGCUCCAAAGUGCUGGGAUGACUUAGGAUGUUGGGAACGUCUCCCAUCUGUCUGUGCCAAGAAAGUCUGAGCAGUCCGAGAGGAAGCGUUUUUCUGGUAUAAAAAAGCAUGAACCAGAACCGGUGGAGGAUGCUUUAUUGUCUUUCAGUUAUUCUACCACAUAGAAAUCCUGUUUUCUAAAAGCCAUUUCUUCUUUUACUUCAUAUAAUUUCUCCUUUUUUCUAACACAGUAGAAUAACCCACACAUAAACAACAGUUAGAUUAGAGCAGAGUGAAUGUUUUAUAAGUGGUGAUUUAAG